GGGAUAGUUUAUUAUUAUAAACUAUUUACACGAAUAGGACACUACAUCAGUUGACUCACAUGCAACAUCUGCCUCACCUUCUUCUUUCUUCUCUAUCUCUUGCAAAUUAUUCUUCAAAUGUGUUCUUGGCCUUUCCAUGACUAUAUUCUUGUUUUCCUUGUAUUCUUUCUUUUUUAUAUUUUCUUUUAACAUAGAGCGCUAAUUCACCACUAGUUUUAGCUCUUUCUUCUAAUUUCUUCAGCCAUUAUCAAUGUUCACACACCUUAGUAACAGACUGAUCAAUAUAAUUGCUUAAUCAUCCUCUUCGAGUUUUACUCCAAUAUUGUUCAAUUUGGUCUCCUUUAAUUUGGUCUACAAAAAAAACCCGACAAACUUUCUCAUUGUUUUUAAUUAUUCAUCAAAUCAAAGUAGUGCAAUUCUCAACAAAGAUUUCUUUAUAUAAUCCUCAGGUCACAAGACUAAUUUUUCUUUUCUUGAAAAAUAAAUAUUGUAGAGAAAUGUGAGUCAACAUGGAAACAAACAUUCUCACCGCUAGAUUCAAUUACAGGUCAACAGAAAUUCACCGUGGCAGAAAUCCAAUGGCCCAAACUCACUGCCCAAAUUUGGGCCCCACCCGACCUUAUUAUUAUUAAGUAGUCUUAUUAAUUAGUCGUCGUCGCCGACCUUAAUGACUACAACUGUUGAAUCGCAAUUUAUAUAAUAAUAAUUAUUAUUGAUUUGAGUAUUGAGUGAAGUUUAUGAACUAAAUUUAGAGAGCGAUUUUUGGAGGGUACGAAUUUGGCGUUAAAAAGAAAAAAGAACAAAAUCCGAAGCUAAAUCUGGCAAAGGUGGAGGGGUUGAGGGCGCGAUCGUCGUUGAGGCAAGACGGGAUCGGAAUUUACGACGAUGACGAAGACGACGAAUCCCAUUUGAGGCCUUGGCCUCGUAGAUUCAUGGCGCUCCCUUUAUCUUGUUCCUCCGCUUCAAGAUUUGCCCUUCUUUUCCUCCUACUCGCCGCCAUUGCCACCGCUUGCAUUUUCCUCCCUAUUGAAAAGAUAUUGAAGGAUUUCUUGAUAUGGGUUAAGGAGGAUCUGGGACCUUGGGGCCCCAUUGUCUUGGCAAUCGCAUACGUUCCUCUCACAGUCCUCGCUGUUCCAGCUUCUAUACUUACUCUUGGUGGAGGCUAUCUUUUUGGGUUGCCUUUGGGGUUGGUUGCUGAUUCUAUUGGUGCAACAAUUGGUGCUACAGCUGCAUUUAUUCUUGGUAGAACAAUUGGACGAUCUUAUGUUAUCUCCAAGUUAAAGAAUUAUCCAAAGUUUGAAGCUGUUGCUAUCGCAAUUCAGAGAUCUGGCUUUAAGAUAGUUCUGCUGCUACGGCUGGUUCCGUUGCUUCCAUUUAAUAUGUUGAAUUAUCUUCUGUCUGUGACUCCUGUUCGCAUAGAAGAGUAUGUGGUGGCAACCUGGUUAGGAAUGAUGCCCAUAACAUUUACUCUGGUAUAUAUUGGAACUACUUUGAAGGAUCUAUCUGAUGUUACACAUGGAUGGAAUGAGUUGUCAACCUCCAAUUGGGUGUUUAUAGCACUGGGUUUUGGUAUAUCCAUUAUUAUACUGGUUUUCAUUACCAAAGUGGCCAAAGCUUCUCUGGAUAAGGCACUUGCUGAAAAUGGUGAAGUGGAAGGCAUGUCGUCUCCAGAGACUCUACCAAUUUCAUCAAAUUCUCCUUUGGAUCUCCAAAAGCCUCUCAUUAUCAAGAUUGACCCAAUAGAUGAACACCAUGAGAGAUAACAUACAUAUUCUUUUCUUCUUUUACUUCUCUUUUAUUUUUCGAUUUUCUUGUAAAUUCUUUUACUUCUUUACACCUCAUAAUGGUAUAAAUUGCUUUAGAUCUGCAGGGGUUAGGGAGUGUUACUUUUUAAAAUUGUAAAACCUUCACCUUAGAAAUAAGAGAAGGAAUACCUAUUUGACCUAAA